AUGCAGUUCACCGUUGUUACUCUUGUCACUCUUUUUGCAGCUGCUUUCGCUGCACCUUCUGAUGUCUCCGCGCGUCAAGCAACUCUGUUCACGCUCAACACUUUCAGUGACAGAGGCUGCCAGCCCGGGAGUGCUACUGGAAGCGUCACCUUGACCAACCAAGCAACCUGCAAGGAUCUUCCAGCUGGAAUCAACAGUGGCAAGAUUCUCGAUGCGCCACGCGCGGGAUGCGAGAGUAAGUCAAAGACCACAGGUAGUUAG